AUGGGUUCUGGACUGCUCCGCUUCGAUCAGCUCACGGAGCUGCAGCAGGUAACCGUGCAAACUGCGUUGGAGGCUGCUUCUCGAGCGUAUGCUCCUUACAGCAAGUUUCCCGUGGGUGCUGCCGUUGCUACAAGCGACGGUGUCGUCGCCAGCGGUUGCAACGUCGAAAACGCAUCCUAUGGUUUAAGUAUGUGUGCGGAGAGGGUUGCAGUUGGCAACCUCUAUGCGAGCUGCACGUCCAGCUGGACAGCGCGAGGGCGAACAGACCAAGUUCGUAUUGUUUGUGUUGCGGUGUGUGCGCCCAGGGUUCGUGGCGUUCAGGGAGACAGCGUCGGGGUCUGUUAUCCGUGCGGAGCGUGUCGACAGGUGCUCGCUGAGCAUGCAGCUCCCGAAGCUGAACUUGUUCUCGUUAGCUUGCACACGAAUACCUGGGAAGACGUUGCUGACGCCUCAGCGAGCGGUGCCCAGCGGUGUCGAUACCUCGUGUCGUCGCUAGAGGCGCUCCUGCCGUGCAGCUUCCGAAAGGAGCAGUUACCCAUCGGGGACUCCAAGUCGGUACCACCUGCGCCCGACAAUACAUGA